CAUGGAUAUGUAAUUUAGUGGCGAUUCUGAUCGGAAUUCUGCGUCAAAUGACUCCUUUUCAUUACAACCAAUACAUCAAUCAUUUUCAGACACGAACUGAUUUACUCGACUUUUUGAUGGAAAUUCUCACUGUAUUUAGAGAUUUGGUCAAAAUUGUGUUCCCGAAGGACUGGAAUGAAAUGAUUUUACUUCAAAACAGCGUAUUAUUGAAUGCUUUACGGCAUUUCGCGCAUUGCAUUCGCGACCAUUUCCUGCACCCGUUUGAGGUGCAGCUGUGGAACAACUUCUUCCACUGUUCGAUAGCAUUCCUAACGCAAGAGUUCCUGCAAUUGGAGAACUUCUCGCAAAACAAACGCAACAAAAUGAUCGCUCGCUAUAAAGACAUGCGAAGGGAAAUGGCGUUUGAGAUCAGGUCGAUGUGGUUUAAUUUGGGUCAAUACAAGAUACAGUUCGUGCCCUCAAUGGUGGGCCCAUUCCUGGAGAUGACAUUAAUACCGGAGAUGGAGUUGAGGAAAGCGACGAUUCCUAUCUUCUUCGAUAUGAUGCAAUGCGAGUUCUAUUCGCCCAAAUCGGGCGCCUAUACCCUACACGUGGCCUCAUAUCAUAACGCAGACUCUCCCGUACAUCAGCGCAACACCGAAUGCAAGACCAACUUCAGGAACUUCGAGAACGAAAUGAUCACUCAAUUGGACGCUUUGAUCGAAGGCGGAAGGGGUGACGAACAGUUCAAAGACCUA